AUGGAGAGCCGAGUAGGACUCGACUACAUCGUGGAGCACGCUGAGUACGUGGGGAAACUCGCGGCCGCCCUCACGUCUCCAGCGGCUCCUGUCAAGAAGCAGGUCUUCGAGCUGCUGUCUGCGCUAUGCGUUUACAACGCAGACGGCUAUGCGAGAGCUGUCGACACACUAGAGCGGUACAAGGUUUUAAAAGGCGACCGUUACCGACUGAACGUGGUAGUGGAGGAGCUCAAGAAUGCCACCACCACAGACUACAAGACUGCGUUGGUGGCUUUCAUCAACUGCCUCAUCAUAUCAGCGCCGCGGUUGCCCGACAGGAUCCGUGUCAGGAAUGAGUUCAUUGGUCUGGGUAUUCUGCCCACAUUAAGCAAUUUAAGGCACGAGGCCACCGGCAGCCCCGACCUCGGAGUCCAGCUGGACGUGUUCGAGGAGCAACGGGAGAGCGACGAGGCCCAGGGGCCGGGAGGCAUCAAUCUGAACUCGCACCUGGACGUGUUCUACGCCAUACUCAAACAAGUUGCUGACACCCCGCAAGAGAUACCCUUCUUAAGCAUCCUCCAGCAUCUACUCCGGAUAGACCCCAAGGAACCAGUCAGCGACAUCAUCUGGGACACCGCUGAGACCCUCGUGCAUCGAGCCACUUUGCUCGAGAGCAGGGAGGAUGCUGCCAAACUGCUUAGAGCCCCAAGUGUCCAGACAAAGAUGGGCUGCAUGUGCCAACACAGAGACACGUCAGGCGCCGGAAGGAAACAGAGCUUGCAGCGGGCUCUUUCGCCGCCACCCCCUCCCCCACCAGCACCCGCGCCCCCUAUGCCAUCAUCAGUGCCAGUGGCACCGCCAGCGCCGCCGGCACCGCCGCCCCUCGCGCCCCGCGGGCCACCUCCGCCCCCGCCCCCCGCCGGCUCCGCGCCCCCACCGCCCGCCCCCGCACCCGCAACCCUUGAGCGCCUGCCGCAGCAAGAGACCCCCAUCCCCAAAACGAAGAUGAAGACCAUCAAUUGGAAUAAGAUACCCAACAGCAAAGUUAUUGGUCAAAACAAUAUCUGGGCGCUGGUAGCUUCAAGCCACAAACACUCACCGAAAGCAGAACUUGAUUGGAGUGAAAUAGAAGGUUUAUUCUGUCAACAGAUACAACCAACGGGUUCUGCGGGUUCCUCGCCCCGUCUAGGCCGAAGCCCCAUCUGCGACAGCUCUGGUGAAAGGAAACCAAGGAAAGAGUCAUCGGAGAUCACCCUUCUAGAUGGAAAGAGGAGUCUGAACGUCAACAUAUUCCUCAAACAGUUCCGAAGUUCCAACGAAGAUAUCAUCCAAUUAAUUCGAGAAGGUUCUCACGAUGAUAUCGGCACUGAGAAAUUGAGGGGACUAUUGAAAAUCCUACCGGAAAUCGACGAGUGCGAGAUGUUAAAAGCGUUCACUGGGGACGUCACAAAACUAGGGAAUGCAGAGAAAUUCCUGCUGCAACUGAUCCAGUUACCGAAUUACAAGCUGCGCAUAGAAUGUAUGCUCUUAAAAGAGGAGUGGCCGUCUACGGCGGGUUAUUUGGAGAGUGCCAUAAACGCAAUUCUAGUCGCUGGAGAUGAUCUGAUGUCUUCAAGGGCCAUUCAGGAGAUACUAUAUCUGGCCCUGAUCGCUGGCAACUUCCUGAACGCGGGCGGUUAUGCUGGCGGUGCGGCUGGUGUCCGCCUGGCUUCACUCCAGAAACUGCCAGAUAUUCGCGCGAACCGACCUGGCAUGAAUCUCAUGCACUACCUGGCCAUGCAAGCAGAACGUAAGAAUAAAGAACUGGUCCACUUCGCUGACGACAUUCGAGUGCUAGAGGAGGCGGCGAAAGCCAGCGUGGAGCAACUGCACAACGAGAUAAAGACCCUGGAACUGAGGAUCAACACCCUGAAGAGGGACAUUCAGCUGCCGACCACGCAAGAUGACAUAAAAGAGCAGAUGGGCGAUUUCCUGCAGGUUGCGGAAACAGAUGUUUCUGCCUUGAACAAGGACAUGGAGGAGGUUGAGAGCAUGAGGAAGCAAUUGGCUGAGUUCUUCUGCGAGGAUCCGGUGGCGUUUAAACUAGAAGAUUGUUUCAAGACGUUCGUGUCGUUCUGCAGCAAGUUCCGCGCCGCGGUCACCGACAACGAGCGGCGGCGGGCGAACGACGAGCAGGCGGCGGCGAGGCGGCGGGCGCGCGACGCGGCGCGGGACGCGGCACGCGCGCGAGCCGCCGGCAGUAUGUGCAGUACACCUGUUUCUGAAUGCGAGUCCCUGAUGGAAUCCCUCCUGUUGGACAUCAGGAACGGUCUCGGAAGACGUUCCCUAAGGAAGCCUUCUCACGACCCAUCACCGUCGCCUGAUGUAACGCCGACUGGGAGUUUGCGCCGCCGCAGCCGCGCCAGCCCCGCCGACGACGAAGAUGGCCUCAUGGAGUUCCUGCGCCACUCCUCGCCAGCCGCCAACGACCUUCGAGAGCGCAGCGCUUGGGGCAGCCUGGAUCGGUCGUGGUCCCGACGCGGUGCCACGCGCGCCCGCCUGGAAAUCCCCGACCGCGAGCGAGAGCGCGCCGCCUCCCCCGCCGGCCCCGCCUCCCCCGCCUCCCCCGCACCGCCCGACGUUGCGCACCCCACGCAUCCCGCUGCUCACGCCGCCACCACGACAGUUGGCGCCAAACCGAAAGAAUGGAGACAGAAGAUAGAAUCCUGGCUACGGGCAAACAGCCAAGAGGAGAAGAGAGACGCGGAACUGCGCGAGCGCGCGCGUCGACUGCAAGCGAACAGGCGUUCCUUGGAAAACGACUCCGAGAGCGAGCGCAGUGCAACGCUAGAGCCGUUGGCAGAAGGCGCCGGAGAAGGGAGCGGGGAGGCGCGUGCCGACUGGCGGCCAGCGGUGCUACCUGACAGCGACGUGGUGCGUGCGCUCGAGGCCGUCGAAGAUGUGCAACCACCGAAAAAAGAUGUCAGAGUACCGUGGAGAAAAACGGAAGAAAACGAGGAGAUGAGGAGGCUAAGGAGACAGAGGUCCAGGCAGCACAUAGAAGCGACACAACCUUUGGUGUCCAUCACCGAGGAAGAACGACGGAAAUUACCUGAUAUCAAAGUCACCAGUGAAAAGGACACGAGGCUAGAACGUACGGAUCGGGUUGAAAUCGACUCCGAUAACAUCGAGACCCCACCGGCUCAGAGAAAACUCUUCAAUCCACCACCUGAAAAGGAAACUUGUAGAAAAUUCCAACCGUCAAUACCUAUAAAAACAAACUUAAAUGAAAAAGCAUCUGCCGAAAUGCGAGAUCUAUGCCAAGAGAUAUUAGGAGAUGGCCAAUUCGACCGUUUUUCGGCGGCUAGAAGAACAAGGCGGUACAAGAGAAGUACAGAGGCUACUUCUCCCGAUGAAGAGAAAAAAGUAGAAAGCCCAACGGAACUUGUAGCUGAAACCCAGGUAAUUCGGCCAUCAAUGCUUGAAGUCCAAGCUUCUUACGCUGUCGAAUCAGCAAAAGAGGUAGCCAAGCCAAUUGAGGAUGUCGUCAAAGAUGAGAAAGAGACAAGACUUAAACGUUGGCAAGACAGAUUAAAGAGCCAAAGCACGGAUAAAACACCCACCAAAGAGUCGAAAACAGUGCCAUAUUCUAGAAUGAGACGGCAGACGUCGAUUAAUCAAGAGGACGUUCAAAAAGCAAUCAGAGAACUAAAAUCACCCACGGAGCCCCCUACUGGUGUAUGGUCGAGAAAUGCGUAUAGAAAAUCUAUGACUGCCAAGUUAGACAGGGCUCCAGUUUCAACGCCAUCGGAAAGAUCCACCGCAUCUCGAAUACCUAAAGUCAAGAGCGAGCACGAAUUGAACGACGAGGGUUUCGAAGAAACACAGAGCCUCAACUCGGAGAGCGCCUCGCAGGGGGCCUCUUCGGGCUGCAACAUUGAGUGUGAAUCACCCAUCCCCAAGACGGAGAAGGUGUCAGAAGUUCCAAAGAGAAUCCCCACCAAAGAGACAAAACCGCCACCGAAGACCCCGCUGGACCCGAAGCGGAGCUUCACGAAUAGAGCCAGCUCCUUAAGAGUCGAGCGGUCCACUUCAAGAGCUUCUCUGCGCAGCUCAAGGAGUUCGUUGAACAGCUCGGCGUCGAUCGCGACUGUCAAGAGGGCUCCACCAGCGCCGGUGAGGGUGGCUCCCAAGCCGAUUCCAAAGCCCACGCCCCGCAUGCCGGCAUCCAGGUCUUCCUCCAGCGGCAGCUCGGUUGGCGCGUCCAGGCCGCCCGUGAAGACCGUGCCGAGGACAUCGGGUUUCAUGCGACCCACUCAAGCCUCGAAAGGUAGAGGCUCAACGGGCUCCACCUCACAGCCGAGUGUUAGGGCUAGUGUCAAG